UCCCAAUCCAUUUCUUAUGUUUUUCUCCAUCCAAUUUUUUGAAAAAUUGUUCUUCUUUGGUUGCGGCCUACGUCUGUUUCGAAGCAGCCGCCGGAAAAUUUUGUUUUACUCGGGAAAAUUAUUUUCUGCCGAGUAAACGGAGCCUAAUCCGAGUAAUUGCGGAUUUUAGUUUCUUUUUUCUUUUCGUACGGUCUUUUCUCGGUGAUCAAAUGGAGGAUUAGGGUUCUUUAGGUUGGAUCUUAGUUUCUUCUGGGAAUGAAAUCGAGAUUUCUAGCUGUUGACUGGGUUUUCAUGUUAUUGGUUGCAUACAAGACUCGGAUCUUUAAGUCUUUGAAUCAUAAAUAGAAUCUGCACAGGACCUAUGGGAAAGCCCAAUUAAUGACAACCAAGGAAUCUCCUCAUCCAAUUAAUGGAUGGAGAGAUUCGGAGAGCACAGGUUCCCUUUGCUAAGAGUACUCCCGGGAACAAAUCCAGUGGAGACAGAGUGGGGCUUGUAGCUCUGAAGAUUAGGGAAAACACCUGUAAGCCAUGGUGUCACGGGAAUGAAUCCUUCCUUGUUCGCAACUCUCUCAAAAGGAAAGAUCUUCCCCUCAAAGAGUUGGAAAAUCAUUGUUGGGAUAGCGGACACUAAAGCCAAUGAACUUGGAUAUAAUUAUUUGUUGCUGAAGGAAACUUUUGGUGCUUUCCCAGUUUUACAAGAGCAGAUACUUAUUUGUUGUAGGAAAUUUUGGCUCUUUCUUGUUUUAGCAGAAAAGAUACAAAUCAAAAUUCUUAGGGUUCGAAGGGGAUUUGCUGGUCCAGUUGGGGCUGGCUUCUUUAAUUUCAUCACGGCUCUAAGGAAAGAAAUCCGUAUCAUAGUAAGAAGGGGCAAAGAAGAUGCACAAGCUUUUCCUAAGUUCUUGAUUGCGUCCCCUUCAUUUCACGGUGGUCGAGGUGCCCUUCCUUCUGCUGGUGGUCAUCCAGCUGACUUGACUUUCCUUGCUGGUGGCGGGCACUGAGUUUGUAUUUUGGAUUGAUUUCUUUUGGUUUAUUGUUGUUUUACGAGAAUUUUCUACUUAAGCAUGGUAGUCAAGCAGCUCAAAGAUGAUAAUUUUCUGUUGAAGUGUGCUACACCCGAUCAGGCUAAAUGUCCUCAGUUCUCUUUUGGAAGUAUUCAAAUUCCUCUUUACUGCUUUGCUAGCCAGUCUCUUGAUGAUAGUGGUCCCUUUGGAAGGUUUUCAUGCAUCCCAGAUGAUGAACCAAGUACAUUGGAGUCUCUUCUUCUUGCUCAGUGGGAAGACAGAAUGUGGAAAGGCAUUUACAGAUAUGAUGUGACAACAUCAGAAAUUAAGAUCAUUGGUGGAAGGAGAAAGUUUCUUGCUCAGUUGAAUGAAGAAUGGAAUAUGGAUCAUUUAUCAGACCCUGAUGAGAAUGAAGUCUGCUGGCGAGGGGAUUCUUUCAUAUUUAACUGGGUAAAACAUCAUGAGGAGUUGCUCUUCUGUGUCGCAAGUGGUGAAAAGGCAAUCCCUGAGUUGAUUCCUACAGCUCCUGUGCCUAAUGCUUCCAUAUUAGUACUUAGUAAUGUGACCCCUGUUGAAUAUGGUCAUGUCUUCCUGGUUCCUCAUGGCUUUACCAGCAUCUCCCAGUUUAUGGAUGCAAGAUCUUUAGAAAUGGUGACCAGGGUUGCUAUGGAAGUAAAUAAUCGUUCUUUCCGAGUGUUCUAUGACUGCUCUAUGCCUAGUGCUUCUCUAUAUUUCCAGGCCUGCUACUUUUCAAACCCUUUACCUGUGGAGGUCAUGCCAGUGGUGACUCUCUGGGACAAUGGACUUGGUGGGACUCGUAUUUGUAGUCUCAUAGAUUAUCCCAUUAAGGCUCUCUUGUUCGAGAGCAAAAGCAACGUAAAGGUAUCAGUGGAAGUGCUUGCAGAGAUAUGUUCCUGUUUACAGGGAAAGAACAUUCCAUACAGUUUUUUGAUCUCUGAUUGUGGCAAAAGGAUCUUCUUGUUUCCUCAGAUGCGAGCAUCGGCAAAUUCCCAUGCCCUUUCGAGUUGGGAGUGCAGUGGCCACUUUGUUUUCAAGUCGAGGAAUGAUUUUGAUCAAGUGACAGAGGAAGCCAUGCUUGAACGCAUGGGCACUGCUUCCCUUGACGAACCAGGGUUUCAGGUAGUGAAGCAGCUCUGUUGCAGCAUUGCAAGCAAGUUGGCCUCUUGAACCGAUCACUUGUUUCUGGGUGAAUGAAUGAUGCAAAUUACAUAGCAUCUAUGCCUCAGUAUGAUGCAUGUACGAGUAUGGCAUAAAAUAUAGUAAAUGUAUGAUGCAAAAUACAUAAAAUCUGUGAACUUUAAGUGUGAUGUAUGUAUGACAUUAAAUAUAAGCCACUUGAUGGUUGUACUGAAUCCAAAUUCCGGUGUCGGUUCUGGCAUCGGCUAUGAUAAAAUUGGUGUGUGGUUUUGCUGGUUGGAACU